AUGGGUUCCUUGACUUCUUGGAGCACGAACGCCCUCAAGAGGAAACCAAAGGAUAAAUGGAACGUGAGUAAUGUGUUAGACCCCUUUGUCCUAGUUAUACUGAUGGAAGAUGCAAAAGAUAGUUUGGAGCCUCUGUGGCAGGCGUUGAUCUCAACAAUCUUUCGAGCAACCGAUGAUGUGAACAGUCUCAGAGAAGCAGUAUGGAGGCAUAAGGUCAUUAUUGUAAAAGGUCAACACAACCUCGACCCCAAGAACCAAUGGGAUCUCAUCAGAAGACUUGAUCCAGAAACUAAGGACGAAGGGAAAAGCCUAAAUGACCAUCGGAAUGGGCUCCUCUUUCGAGCCAGAUGUUUCCCUGGAGCCGGCAACGUCCGACUCUUCGGCAAGGGCUUUCAGGGUGAAGAUCACUACGGUAUGAAGAAUCGCACUAUUACUCGAUGGCUUAACCACGACUGGCACGUGUCUCCGCCACCCAAGGAGGCCUUCGAAAGCGGGAUUACCCGGUUCCAACGGUGGCACUUUGAUGCGCCGCUGUAUGGAGACGAGCCGACGUGGUUUACAUGUCUGUGGAUCGCGAAGCAACCUAGCGGGCCAGACCUUACGGUUGAAUGGGCUGACGGGUCGGGCCUUACUAUGGAGACCCCGCCUGGCCUGACUGCCUUCUUUAGCUCUGUGCAGCUAUAUGACAUGCUGUCGCAGGAUGAGAAGGAACUCGUUGAUCACAGCUGGGUAGAGUAUGCGCCUCAUCCAUUCAAGUGGAUUCAUGAGUGUAAGAGCAGGAAUACGGGUCUUGGUAUUGCCGAUGGCGGACACCUAACUGAGGAGGAGUUGGGAGAGUAUGACCCGGCUGCGGUCAAGAAGUAUCCUAUGGUCUGGGUGAACCCUCGGACCGGUGACAAGGCAUUCCAGGUCCACGGCAUCUGCGUCCGGAGGCUCUACCUGCGCAGCUCGACGAACGAACAGCCUCGUGUCGUUGAAGAUAUUACUGAGAUCCAUGACUUCAUCUUGGGCAUCCAACAUCGAAUCUUGAAGCCUGAAUAUAUCCUGCUCGCUCCUGCAGAGGAAGGGGAUAUGGUUAUUUGGGAUAACUAUAGUCUCUUCCAUACAGCCAUUGAUUAUCCUGAGAAAUACGGACCGAGGUCGAUGCAUAAGGCAGAUACAGGAGGAAGCAUUGGUCCAAAGGGUCCUGUCCCAAUUGGAAUUUGA